AUGGCCCACAUAUCAGAUAUUAAAUUGAUAAGAAUAGAUACUACACUUGAUCUUAGCCAAAAGGCCGAGAAAGGUAUGAAUUGGCCUACGGCCUGA